AUGGUAUGGGGAAGUUACGAGGCUUCGCCGGCGCAUCUUUCGGACAGAGUUUUCAUCCGAAGUGCCAAAGUCUUGAAUAUGAUUAUCAACUAUAACGACGAUUUGUCCGAGCCAGAAUCAGCAGAUCUCAAUCCCGAACCGCAGUCGCAAGCGACAAAGUUUUAA